AUGCAGCUUUUAUGGUUUGUUUUUUUCCCCUCCGUCAACGCUCAUCAUUCUCUAGGUUCAGUACAACCUGCAAUUGAAGUUCAAAAAAUACGUUUCGUUGGCACUCUGGACUUUGCCGAAAACAGCACACUCAUCCAGACAUUUUGGGACCCCAAUGCUCCGAGAUAUACUGGGGAACCAAGUGAUGAGUCAGAUGCCCGCUGGCACAGCCUGUACCAGGCAUCUGACGGUGUUGAUCUCCGUGGUGACAUGCUCCGUCAAGCGUUGCGCCCUGACUACUACACCCGGCACUAUCCAGAAUCUUCCUACACGACACACAUACAUCACUGUCUUGAUCAUAUCCGGCAAGCGGUGAUGUGCCAUGUGGAUGUAACGCCGCUCCCCGUUCUCUGGGCCGAGCAAGAGGAGCGCCCUCUGAAUGAUUUCCAAGUGGAACACACUUAUCGGAACUUUUGGAAGAAGGGCAUCUUCACCCUCUUACCAAACUUCAUUGCUCAAUCAGGAUUUCCUAACAUCAAUCACCACGUCAAGAUGCGUCUAAAUACGUUUUUGUCUGCUAUGCUCAGCAUGGCCUCUUUUCAGAUCAUCGCUGCGCAAGACUUUUGCGAAGGCCCUGGUGGUGAGGCUUGUCCUUCCGGUCUCCACUUUAUUGGAACGUGCGAUGCAGGGUCCCAAGCAUGUACUGACCCUACCAAUACUUAUGUGUGCGACUGUGAUCUCAACAAGCAGGUAAGUCAUAUAACCGAAUCAACACAUCUUCCAUAG